CGCACCGCGACACCCUUACCGAGUGAGACCGCGCGCGCUCCUAGGUGGCUUUUUAGACACCGCAGAGAGAAAAAUAAAUUCGCGUACAGUGCUAUGCUUUUAAGGCAACUUCAACUGUCGUUUCUCUAAAAAAAAAAAAAAAAAAAAAAAAAUUUAUCUCGCUUUGCGCAAAGAGAAGAGAGAGACAAAGAGGAAAAAAAACAAAAAAAAAAGAUCAAAUACAUUUUUCUCGGGGUUUAAACGUUAAAAACAGGAAAUCGGAAGAACGAGAGAGAGAGGAGAAAAAGAAGAAAUAAAAGAUUGAAGAGAGUUUGGAAAGACGAAUGGCAGGAGACACGUGAAUCCGAGAGGAAGAGAGGAAGUGGUUUAGAAGCAACGUGCAAGAAAAGAGGCAAAAAAAGGGCACAAGAGUUAAAACCGGAUGACAAAUUUUCCCUUAUCAAAUUCUGAAUUUGAAACUAGAAGAUUGCUGACUGGAGUUUCAAAGUCUCAUGGCAGCGCAUAAACUUGUAGCACUUCUUGCAGCGAUACUACAACUUUGUCUAUGCCAAAUUACCCCAGCAGUAAUGCCCGAAUUUUUAUUUCCCCUGGAAAAUCAAACUGUGAUUCAAGGACGCGAUAUUGUUUUUACUUGUGUUGUCGAACAUCUCCAGGGGUUCAAGGUAGCUUGGAUAAAAUCCGAUUCACGAGCAAUUCUCGCAAUACACACGCACAUGGUUGCUCAAAAUCCACGACUUUCAGUGACACACAAUGGUCACAACACAUGGAAACUUCAUGUAUCAAAUGUGAAUCAAAAUGAUUCUGGUACUUACAUGUGUCAAGUUAACACCGAACCCAUGCGCAGUCAGAUGGGUUACGUGAAUGUCGUGAUUCCACCCGAUAUAAUGGACGAUCGUUCAUCGGAUGGUUUGGUAGCUCGCGAAGGUGGAAAUAUCAGACUGAAAUGCGUAGCAACAGGUACACCUGAACCCACUGUCACUUGGAAACGAGAAGACGGUCGUUCCAUAUCGAUACGUGAAAAUGGAUCAAAAAAGGUCACAGCUUUUUCGAAAUACGAAGGAGAAAUUCUGGAAUUAUCUGGGGUCAGUCGACAAGAAAUGGGAAACUAUCUCUGCAUAGCUAGCAAUGGCGUACCACCUUCGGUCAGCAAACGUUAUUCCGUUCAGGUUCAAUUUCAACCCGUUAGCAAAGUUUCAAAUCAACUUGUCGCAGCACCUUUAAAUAGUGAUGUAACCCUCCAAUGUUACGUGGAAGCAUCACCACAAACAAUGAACACGUGGUACAGAAAUAUUAGUGAAAAAUUACUUCCGAGCGAUAAGUACACGAUGACGGAGCACGCUCUGACCGACUAUUCUUGGCAAAUGAACCUGACAGUUCACAACUUGGAGAAAAAAGACUUUGGAGGGUACAUCUGUUCUUCUGUCAACGCUCUUGGUAACGCUGAAGGCAUUGUUCGACUUCAAGAAUUGCAUUUAUUGCCAAAAACCACACCAAUAACUGUUCAAAAACACAUGGAAAUGAAACCAAAGAAGAAACUAAUAAAUAGAGGCAAGACUAAAAAGAAAAAUCAUAAUUCUUAUCAUAAUGGUGAAAUUGAUGAAAUUGAAUCGGGAUUAGGCAAUGAUGAUAAUUUUGGAACAACACAAAUUAUGGCUGGCAGUACACAAGAAGGUCAAAGAACAGAAAGACCAUUAAUAGCACCUUCCUUAUCACCACCUUGGGUUCUUAUGAAUACAGCAAACAAUAGACAAAGUUUCUUAUCUCAAUUUUUAUUUCUUAUUUUACUUCACAUGAUGACGCUCUAAAAAUUAUAGAAGGGAAAAAAAUAUAUAUAUAUAUAUAUACAUCAGACGAGAGAUGAAUUUGUGUCAAUGGAAUUUCAAAAAUUGCAACAAUGAUGCAACUAUGACACAAAAUCCCUAUAGAUUUCGUCAAAAAAAAAAAAAAAAACUACUGUAAAUAUCGUCGGGUCGAAAUUAUAUAAUAGAAAUUAAGAGAAAUGAAAAAAAAAAUUGUUACAUAAAUCGUUAAAGCGUGUAAAUGCGCCCUGCUAGAAUUACGAUUAGAAUUUUGCGAGAUGCGCGAUCAGGGAUUACUGUCAUGUAAUUAUUAUGAUGAAUAUAGUGGAUAUAGUCACUAUAAGAAUGAGAGAAAGAGAUACGGUUCCGAAUCAAAUAAGUCUUCCUUUAAGUUGAUAAAUGAUGGAAGUCAAUCAUAAAAGAACAGACGUUGAUUUUUUUGUUUUCAUACAAAUUUUUUUUUGAUUCUAUUUCAAAUUUUUAAAAUUAAACUCCUAAAUUAUUAUUUACAA